GGAGAAGGCCGGCGGGGCUGGACAUGUUGACGGCGGCAGAAAAAAAACACAGUGGGAGGAGGACAAGUUCAGGUUCCCUCCUUACCAAUACCAGACCUGCCAUCAGGUCGGGAGAGAGGAUGUGCACCGCUUGGUCAAUGCCGAAGAGCGCGAGGUGAUUCUUCGCUUUCCCAGGCAUUACACAGUCAACUGCCUGCCUAAGUCCAAGCAAGGUUCUACGGAGCACCAAGACCUCAGGUUGACGCUGCUGGGCAACUCCUGGAACGUCACUGUGAUCACAUGGCUCCUCAGUCAAUUGGGAGCGUGGCUGGGAGUAAGUCCUCAGCUGACGGUCCAGCACUGCAUCGAACGGACGUCGCCAGGAGCCAACACGGAUUUUGCCACUUUCCUUACCAGACAGCCGAUGAACGGGCCGAGGAAAGCUCUCAUUCAGGGAGGUAGCGAUCUCCUCGUUAAGAACUUCAGUGGUUUGUUCCUCACCAAUGUUUACUACUGGUCAACCAAUCAGGUCAUCGUUCAGCGAGCCUUGGCCGCUCGUAGUCUAGCGGAUGGUCAGAAGGGCGUUCUCUUCGCGGCAUCGAUGUGA